AUGGAUUCAGUACCAGACAAGCACAUUCGGAACAUCUCCAGGUCUUCUCGGCCCCGCAGCUCAACAAGAGGUCCUUUAGAUGCAUCAGAUGACCCUCUCGCUCUCCCCGAAACACCCAUCUCGCCUAUCAAACGCAAAUCAAUGCUUGCUGCCGACGACACCUUUUCUGGGGCAUCCUUCUACGAGUUGGAUCCGCUUGCGCCAGAUGACCUACCUGAAACUCUAGAAAAAGACCUCUCGUUUCUACUCCACCAUGGCAACUUCCAUACACUCUCUCAUCUUGACAUCCCUCCGCCAUUGCGAUCCGAAUUCCUUAUCCUCAAUCCAGGGGAACCCUUAUCAACUUCUCUAGGCACCCUCGAAAAGCUAUUAGCUGAAGGUCGAUUUCUCAUUGCCGCUCAUUUUUCUGCUUCGAUCUUGACCUCGUCAUUGAUAUCUCCAACGGAUAUAAAGAUCAUAUUCUCCCUUUUCUACACACGCUUAGCCUGCUUGGAUCUGUCGGGCAAUACAGUUCUCGCAGCGCAGGAAUCGAAAGCCCUGGAGGAUCUGAGUUCGACAUUCUAUUACAUCGACCUGAAGCUUGAAUCAGCUGCAGCUGAUAAUGAUAAAGACCCAGAACAUGAACAAGAUCCUCGUCAUAUUGUUCCAUGGCCGCUUCGCGUGCUGGCCGUGAGACUCCAAAGUAUAGGGUUUGGUGAUUCUCGCCGAAGCAUUGGUGGCUUGUACGAGAUCGGUCUGGAAGCACGCCGAGAGAUCAUGAGAAGUGAAGCUACUGAAGCUGAGCGAGAAUUAUGGAAGCAGCGAUUGGCAGAUCUUGGAGUUAGGAGCGUGAAUGCGCUUAUAGAGAUGGGUGAUUUUGAUGCAGCCAGGAGAUCACUUGAUAGCCUCCGGGUGUCUGGGGCAGAGUCAAACAUCACAAAGUUGAGGAAAGCGCUUUUGCUUUUGCGGAUUGGCGAUCUGGACGCAGCAAGCCAGAUGGUCGCUUUGCCGAUGCAGCGGCUGAGUGGCGCAUUCUCGGGGGAGGAUAAGACAAGGACGGAUGGGGCUCUGGUAGCUCAAAAUCUGGCUGUGUGUCUUCUGUACAUUGGACAACUGGAUGAGUCUCGUCAGCUCCUUGAGGCCCAGGUCUCAUCCAACCAUUCGUUUGGUAGUUUGAUUUUCAACCUGUCGACGGUCUACGAGCUUUGUACCGACAGUGCAACUCGCAUGAAGGGUCAGCUGGCUGAUACACUAUCAAAACAGCCUAUCGUCGGACAGACGAAUUUAGACCGGCCAAACUCAGACCUGAAGUUAUAA